AUGAGUCUUCCAUCAGAUACUCCGGAUCAGAACGGUAAGUUUGAUGCAGGUCCAUCAAUCGUUGAGCUAUUCCAUUCGGCCAAGAAACUACUUUCGUUACAAAGCAGGGUUGAAAAUCGUCAGUUGAGAAAGGAUAACUCUAAAUGUCAAAAAAAUCAUUUAGAAAGUUCAAAUCCACAUAAGGUGUUCGAUGGGUCUAGCAAUAAGGUUCUUGAAUUACUUUCGCCUUUGUCUGUUGAUGAUAUUAAGAAUGAGAAUUCUCCUUAUUCUAAGACCAGCCAAUUUUCUAAUUUUAAUCCGAAGCAACCAAGAGGAGGCUCGACUAAUAAUAUAACUCCUUCGAGUAUGAAUGAUUCUCCUCCUUUGUCCAGUCAAUCAAGAAGCUUCGACUAUGAUAAAGAUGGCUCUUUAAGUCCAUCAAAUAAAAUUAAAAAAGAACCUUCCACUACUCUAUAUCCAGUGCAAAUCUCAGCAUCUAAACCUAGUGAAAAGACUGCUCUGCAAAAUGGUCCAAAUCACAGACUGGUGCAGCAACAUCCAAAAUCAAAUCUUACUUCAUCUUUAUCCCAACAAAAACAUCUUUUACAAUCUGGUUCCAGUAAUAGCGAUGAAAGUGAUAAUAAUAACAAUAAUAAUGGUAAUAAUAAUGGUCAUAGCACUUCUUUCAAUGAUAAACCUACCGAAUGUCAUAAUUGUCACACUUUGAAAACUCCUCUUUGGCGUAAAGAUCCUCAAGGAAAUACUCUAUGUAAUGCGUGUGGAUUAUUUUUGAAAUUACAUGGUACUACUCGUCCAUUAAGUUUGAAAACUGACGUUAUUAAAAAGAGAAGUUCUAAAAGAGGUUCAACCGGUGGGAUGGUGAGAACAAAUUCAGUAACUGAAAACUAUCUGACCUCAAUAGGACGUCAAAAUAAUUUAACUAAUCCAAAACCUAAUAGUAUACCUAUAAAAUCAAACAAUUUAUAUGGAUCCUCAUCAACUCCAGGAUCUUUCAAUAGUGAAGGACCUUUAUCGAUAAGUACAAAUACUUCACGUUAUAAAAAUGUAUUAAUUUUACCAAAACCACCCGUGACUAGUUCUCCAGCUCCAACAUCAAGUUUUUCAGCAUCAUCAACACCAGGAACCACGGUAAGUAGCUCAUUCAAUCCAAAUUCAAAGUCAAUACCAAUCCCAAAUGGAGGAUCACCAUUCACUAAUAAUAAUCAACCUUUCAAAAGGAAAAAAAGUGAUGUUAAUAUCCCAGUAAGUUAUAAUGAAUAUGCAAAUAGUAUAAGUGGAGAAUCAAUUAAAAGAAUACCAUCACAAUUAUCGAUAUCGUCUAAAAGAAAUUCAUUUCAAUCAUCAUCAUUUAAUAGAAGAACUUCCAUGACAAAUCUAUCAUCUCAAAAUCGGAAAAAUUCCUUUGUUGGUUUAAGUAAUUCAUUAAAUGGUAACACUACCCCAACUAAUUCCUUGACUCCAACCAAUAUAAGUUUAUUAAAUUCAAAAUUUUCUUCAAGUAAUAGUUAUUUUGAAAAUCCGAAUAGUCAAUCUUUUUAUAAAAUGAAUUCUAAUAUCAAUAAUCAAAAUAUUCAAAACAAUCAUGAUUUUCCUGGUUCGGAUACUUCUUCCUCAAGUCAUCGUCAAUCUUUUAAUCAUUCUUUUAAUCAACCUCCAAUACGAAAUGAUCAAUUAAAUGUUGCCGACCUACUUCCUUCCAAUAAUAAACAAUCAAAAUCAAUUAAUGAAGAAGAUAUCGCAGCUGGCCUUCAACUGCCAGAAGUCGAGUUCUUCAAAGCUUAUACUUCUUUAAAUGAAGAUCAUGAUAAUGAUAAAAUGGAUAUUGAUGACAAUGUUUUAACUAAUAAAUAUACUAUAAAACCUACUAAAUCAAGUUUAACGGAUGGCUUAAAAAAUCAAAAUCAAAGAUCUUCAAAUGACGACGAAAAAGACCUUGAUUGGUUGAAGUUUGAAAUCUAA